CGGUGGCGCGGGCGCGGGGGCGCGCGGUGACUGUUGGGUUGGCGCUGAGGGGAGGAGGCAGCGCGGCUGUCGCCGUUGCGCAGAUCCGGGCCGCUGUUGUGGGGAGGGCGCCGGGGCCAGUGACCUUCCGGAGGCGGGAGCGAGCCAGGGGGCCCGGGACGCUAAGUGCUGCCGCCGCCGCCAUGAACAACUCGGGCGCCGACGAGAUCGGGAAGCUCUUCGUGGGCGGUCUUGACUGGAGCACCACCCAAGAGACUCUCCGCAGCUACUUCUCCCAGUAUGGAGAGGUUGUGGACUGUGUGAUCAUGAAAGAUAAGACAACCAACCAGUCUCGAGGCUUCGGGUUUGUCAAGUUUAAAGACCCCAACUGUGUGGGCACAGUGCUGGCCAGCAGACCACACACACUGGAUGGGCGAAAUAUUGACCCAAAGCCAUGCACACCUCGGGGGAUGCAGCCAGAGAGGACGCGGCCAAAAGAAGGCUGGCAGAAAGGAUCCAGGAGCGAUAACAGUAAAUCAAAUAAGAUAUUUGUCGGUGGAAUUCCUCACAAUUGUGGUGAGACAGAGCUCAGGGAAUACUUCAAGAAAUUUGGAGUGGUCACAGAAGUGGUCAUGAUCUACGAUGCAGAAAAGCAGAGGCCUCGAGGUUUUGGAUUUAUUACUUUCGAGGACGAACAAUCAGUGGACCAGGCUGUCAACAUGCAUUUUCACGACAUCAUGGGCAAAAAAGUGGAGGUUAAAAGGGCUGAGCCUCGUGACAGCAAAAGCCAAGCACCCGGCCAGCCAGGGGCCAGCCAGUGGGGGAGCCGAGUCGUGCCCAGUGCUGCCAAUGGCUGGGCAGGCCAGCCCCCACCCACGUGGCAACAAGGAUAUGGCCCACAAGGAAUGUGGGUGCCAGCAGGACAGGCAAUUGGUGGCUAUGGACCCCCGCCUGCAGGAAGAGGAGCUCCCCCGCCACCCCCGCCAUUUACGUCUUACAUUGUGUCCACCCCUCCUGGAGGGUUCCCCCCUCCACAAGGCUUCCCACAGGGCUAUGGGGCACCCCCGCAAUUCAGUUUCGGCUACGGGCCUCCACCUCCACCGCCGGAUCAGUUUGCACCUCCAGGGGUCCCCCCUCCACCUGCCACUCCAGGGGCAGCACCUCUGGCCUUCCCGCCACCUCCAUCUCAGGCUGCCCCAGACAUGAACAAGCCCCCAACGGCACAGCCAGACUUCCCCUAUAGUCAGUACGGUUAUGGACAGGACUUGGCCGGCUUUGGGCAGGGCUUCUCAGACCCCAGCCAGCAGCCCCCCUCCUAUGGGGGCCCCUCAGUGCCAGGUUCUGGGGGCCCCCCUGCCGGUGGAAGUGGCUUUGGACGAGGUCAGAACCACAACGUGCAAGGAUUCCACCCCUACCGACGCUAGCUGGCUGGCGCCACGCAGAUGGCUAGAUGGCUGAGACCCAGGAUUCAAAACUUGUGAACUCGUGACAAUCACAAAACUUGGCAGAAAAAAUUGAGAUUCAACCUUGGGGGGAGGGGCAGAUGUGAGGCUCUUGGAGGCGGCUGUGGGUGUCUGGACUGGAGUUUUUAAAUACAUUUCUUUCUCUAACCCAUCAGCACAAUAAAAAAAAGUCACUGGUUCAACAACAGGGUUAAAAAAAUGUCUUCAGCUUUAAUUCAAAAUUUCAGGUUUCUUUUUCUUCCUUUUUUUUUUUUGAAAUUAUUUUCCUGAGCCUUUUGUUUUACCGUAUAUUGUAAACUUUUAUGUUAAAGAAAAAAAUAUACAUUUACAAAUUGUGAGAUUUUUAAGAGAAAUUUUCUACAGUGUAUACUGGCUUAUUUUUUAAUUUAAAACAGGGUUUCUGUCGGCACUGGUGGAAGUGAGGGGUGUUUUUGGUCCCCGUACUCCUGGCUUUGAGGGUUGGGACUCAUUGGUCCAGAAACUCUGGAGCUUAAAGAAGUAAUCUACUGAGCGUGUUUUGUUUUUGUUUAUUCCUUGCUUUUGUUGAUUGAUCUGCCUGGCGGUGUCUGCAAGUGUGCCAUGGGUGCCAUACCGCCUGGCUCAGCUGGCAGCCACCCCGCGUCCAACUGCAUACAGGACCAGGAGGCCUUGUCAGCCCACUUCCUGCGCAUGUGGCUUCAGGGCAUCCCCACUGACCAGUUUGACCCUGGUUUGAAUAAAGAGAAGUGCGUUUGGAUUAGAA